UCACUGAUUGUAGCUGACUUGUGUGUGUGUUUUCCUUGACUGUUUUUUCCUUCCACUUGGUUUGAGUGUGUCAGCAUGAUGGUGAUCCUCCUGAAUUGUGUGACCCUUGGGAUGUACCAGCCUUGUGAUGAUAUGGACUGCCUUUCCAACAGAUGUAAAAUUUUGCAGGUAUUUGAUGAUUUCAUCUUCAUCUUCUUUGCUAUGGAGAUGGUGCUAAAGAUGGUGGCCUUGGGAAUUUUUGGGAAGAAAUGCUACCUUGGGGACACAUGGAACCGUCUGGAUUUCUUCAUUGUUAUGGCUGGGAUGGUGGAAUAUUCUCUGGAUCUCCAGAAUAUUAACUUGUCUGCAAUCCGUACUGUACGAGUCUUGAGGCCCCUUAAAGCCAUCAAUCGUGUGCCUAGCAUGCGGAUCCUGGUGAAUUUGCUCUUGGAUACCUUGCCCAUGCUGGGGAAUGUUCUGCUUCUCUGUUUCUUCGUCUUCUUUAUCUUCGGCAUCAUUGGAGUGCAGCUAUGGGCUGGUCUACUGAGAAACCGUUGUUUCAUGGAGGAGAACUUGACAAUACAGGGUAACAUCACCCUUCCUCCCUAUUAUCAACCUGAGAAGGACGAUGAAAUGCCAUUCAUCUGUUCACUGUCAGGAGAUAAUGGCAUCAUGGGGUGUCAUGAGAUCCCCCCACUGAAGGAUCGGGGCCAUGAAUGCUGUUUGGACAAGGAUGACUAUUACUACUACACUUCUGUCAGGCAGGAAUUCAACGUCAGUGGCAUGUGUGUCAACUGGAACCAGUACUACAAUGAAUGCCGCACAGGCAACUCCAAUCCACACAAAGGGGCUAUCAACUUUGACAAUAUUGGCUAUGCAUGGAUUGUUAUAUUUCAGGUGAUCACACUGGAAGGGUGGGUGGAGAUUAUGUACUAUGUGAUGGAUGCUCACUCAUUCUACAACUUCAUCUACUUCAUCUUACUGAUCAUUGUGGGUUCAUUCUUCAUGAUCAACCUGUGCCUAGUAGUCAUUGCCACACAGUUUUCAGAGACCAAGCAGCGAGAGCACCAACUGAUGCAGGAGCAGAGAGCGCGGUAUCUGUCCUCCAGCACUGUGGCCAGCUACAUGGAACCAGGAGACUGUUAUGAGGAGAUCUUCCAGUAUGUCUGCCAUAUUGUACGCAAAGCCAAGCGCCGUACCCUUGGCUUCUACAACAGCCUGCAGGAUCGACGCCUGGACCGAACAGAGCCAAGCACAACCAAGCGGAGCAUGAACGGGAAAGAUCAGAGGCAAUACAGGCACUGCCGGAAACACAAUGCAGUUGAUUAUGUGCCACCAAGCAUCGGCCAGCCUGUUGCUAUGACAUUGACCUCUGAUCCCAGCAACUGUCCAAGAUGCCAUAAGGCCCAGCAAGAAGCAGCCCAGAGACUUUCUGUGCUCAAAAGUGCUGAUUCGGAUCAGGAAGGAGGAGGGGGAGCCAGUGAGGAGGAAGGAGAUGGAAAGAAAGGAAGUGAUGGGACUGAAGACUUGGAAAAAGAAGAGGACGAUGGAGAAGAGGGUGGCCAGCUGACACUCCUCAAUGAUAUGUGGCAAGAAGUGAGGGUCAAACUGAGGGGAAUUGUGGAGAGCAAAUACUUCAACCGUGGAAUCAUGAUUGCCAUCCUCGUGAAUACCAUCAGUAUGGGCAUUGAGCACCAUGAGCAGCCAGAGGAGCUGACCAAUAUUCUGGAGAUCUGCAACGUCGUGUUUACCAGCAUGUUUGCUCUGGAGAUGAUCUUGAAACUCGCUGCCUUUGGUCUCUUCGACUAUCUCCGCAAUCCCUACAACAUUUUUGACAGUAUCAUCGUCAUCAUCAGCAUCUGGGAGAUCAUAGGCCAGGCUGAUGGGGGCCUGUCAAUACUGAGGACAUUCCGGCUGCUGAGGGUGCUGAAGCUGGUGAGGUUCAUGCCUGCCUUGAGGCGUCAGUUGGUGGUGCUAAUGAAGACCAUGGACAAUGUGGCUACCUUCUGCAUGCUCCUCAUGCUAUUUAUCUUUAUAUUCAGCAUCCUGGGAAUGCAUAUCUUUGGAUGUAAAUUCAGCCUCAGGACAGACACGGGAGACACAGUCCCUGACAGGAAGAAUUUUGACUCUCUGCUUUGGGCCAUUGUCACUGUGUUUCAGAUAUUGACUCAGGAGGACUGGAAUGUUGUGCUGUAUAAUGGCAUGGCUUCGACCUCGCCUUGGGCGUCUCUUUAUUUUGUGGCUCUCAUGACGUUUGGCAACUACGUAUUAUUCAAUCUGCUGGUGGCCAUCCUCGUGGAAGGAUUUCAGGCCGAGGUCUUUGCAUUUAUUUUCCCAACACAGGGUGAUGCUAACCGGUCCUAUUCAGAUGACGACCAGAGUUCAUCAAACUUAGAGGAGUUUGACAAAUUCCCAGAUGGCUCAGAUCCAAAGCUUUGUGCAAUUCCCAUGACCCCAAAUGGGCAUCUUGACCCCAGCCUUCCUUGUCUCAACCAGCCUGGGGCAACUGCUGGAAUGACAAAUCCUUCCCGCAACACUCUACAGGCAGACCAAGUCCUGGUUGCACUUGAAUCUAGGAAAAGCAGUGUCAUGUCUUUGUCUAGCUCUCACUAUGGAGCCUGGGGCCGGAGUGGAGGCUGGGGGAGUCGGCGCUCCAGUUGGAACAGCCUUGCGCGGGGACACAGCCUCAAACACAACCCGCCUUCAGCGGAGCACGAGUCUCUCUUAUCUGGAGAGAGGCACAGGACUUCAGAGGGAGAACAGGAAGGGCUAGUAAGAGUUCAUCGCCAUCGGCGGACACUUUCCCUGGACAUCAAGGGCUCCUCUGAGCUGGUAGAGCUAGCGCCAUCCAUUCCAUCCAGUCACCAGGCAACACGGAAAACAGGUGUGACAACAGGUCCUAGCAAACACCAGGACUGCAAUGGUAAAAUGCCUAAUAUUGCUAAGGAUAUCUUCCCAGAAAUGAACAAUCGCAAGGACCACGGAGAAGAUGAGGAGGAGAUAGACUACAGCCUGUGUUUCCGCAUCAAAAAGAUGAUAGAGGCCUACAAGCCAGACUGGUGUGAGUUGCGGGAAGACUGGUCCAUCUACCUCUUCUCACCACAAAAUAGGUUUCGCAUCCUCUGCCAAACUAUCAUUGCCCAUAAGCUCUUUGAUUACAUUGUCCUGGCCUUCAUUUUCCUGAACUGCAUCACUAUUGCCCUGGAAAGACCUCAGAUUGAACAGAGGAGCACAGAGAGAAUCUUCCUCACGGUAUCCAAUUACAUCUUCACAGCAAUCUUUGUUGCUGAGAUGACACUGAAGAUAGUCUCCCUUGGCCUCUAUUUUGGGGAACAGGCCUACCUCCGCAGUAGCUGGAAUAUCCUGGAUGGCUUCUUGGUGUUUGUGUCCAUCAUUGACAUUGUAGUUUCAGUAGCCUCUGCUGGUGGAGCCAAAAUUCUGGGGGUGCUACGAGUCCUCCGACUGCUGCGCACUUUACGCCCCCUCAGGGUCAUAAGCCGUGCACCAGGCCUGAAGCUGGUGGUUGAGACACUAAUUUCGUCACUCAAGCCCAUCGGAAACAUCGUCCUCAUUUGCUGUGCUUUCUUCAUAAUCUUUGGCAUUCUUGGCGUGCAGCUCUUCAAGGGGAAGUUCUACCAUUGCCUGGGUGUGGACAUCCGAAACAUCACCAACAGGUCUGACUGCAUGGCUGCCAAUUACAAGUGGGUACAUCACAAAUACAACUUCGACAAUCUGGGCCAGGCUUUGAUGUCACUCUUUGUGUUGGCUUCAAAAGACGGCUGGGUCAACAUUAUGUACAAUGGACUGGAUGCUGUGGCUGUUGACCAGCAGCCAAUGACCAACAAUAACCCUUGGAUGCUCCUUUACUUCAUUUCUUUCUUGCUCAUCGUCAGCUUCUUCGUGCUCAACAUGUUUGUAGGGGUGGUGGUGGAGAACUUCCACAAAUGUCGGCAACACCAAGAGGCAGAGGAAGCUCGUCGACGGGAGGAGAAGCGCCUCAGACGACUGGAGAAGAAGCGUAGGAAAGCACAGCGCUUGCCGUAUUAUGCAACCUACUGCUCUGUCCGCCUCCUCAUCCAUUCGGUCUGCACCAGCCACUACUUGGACAUCUUCAUCACCUUCAUCAUUUGCCUCAACGUCGUCACCAUGUCCCUGGAGCACUACAACCAACCAAUGUCUCUGGAGACUGCCCUCAAGUACUGCAACUAUAUGUUUACCACUGUCUUUGUGCUGGAGGCUGUUCUGAAGCUUGUGGCCUUUGGGCUGAGGCGCUUCUUCAAAGACAGGUGGAACCAACUGGAUCUGGCCAUUGUUCUGCUCUCAGUCAUGGGUAUUACACUUGAGGAGAUUGAAAUCAAUGCUGCCCUUCCUAUCAACCCUACCAUCAUCCGCAUCAUGAGAGUGCUACGCAUUGCUCGAGUUCUCAAGCUCUUGAAGAUGGCAACUGGGAUGCGGGCUUUACUAGACACAGUUGUGCAAGCACUGCCCCAGGUAGGGAAUCUUGGACUGCUCUUCAUGCUCCUUUUUUUCAUCUAUGCCGCUCUGGGAGUGGAGCUCUUUGGGAAACUUGUAUGCAACGAUGAGAAUCCCUGUGAGGGUAUGAGCCGCCAUGCCACCUUUGAGAAUUUUGGGAUGGCCUUCCUCACACUUUUCCAGGUCUCCACUGGUGAUAACUGGAAUGGAAUUAUGAAGGACACGCUACGUGACUGCACCCAUGAUGACCGGAACUGCCUCAGCAACCUGCAGUUCAUCUCUCCACUCUACUUUGUUAGCUUUGUGCUCACAGCCCAGUUUGUCCUCAUCAAUGUAGUAGUAGCUGUACUGAUGAAACACCUAGAUGACAGCAACAAGGAGGCACAAGAAGAUGCUGAAAUGGAUGCCGAGAUUGAGCUUGAGAUGGCGCAUGGGCUGUGCUCCCGGAGCUCUAGUUCACCAGGUGCUGGACAAGAUGGAGGAGGUGGGAGAAUGGACUCUGAAGGACACCUUUGCAUGGCAUGUUACUCUCCUGCACAGGAGAACUUAUGGCUGGACAGUGUCUCUUUAAUUAUUAAGGACUCCUUCGACGGGGAGUUAAUGAUCAUCGAUAACCUAUCGGGCUCCGUCUUCCAUCAUUACUCCUCGCCGGCCAUGUGCGAGAAGUGUAACCAUGACAAGCAAGAGGUCCAGCUGGCUGAGAUGGAAGCCUUAUCGCUCAACUCUGAUAAGUCCUCCAUCCUGCUCGGGGAUGAUGGAGAUAACCACACUUCUGACCAGCCAAGCCCAAAUGAAACUAAGGAUGGCCAGCACAGUCCCACCUCCAUGGGAAUGGGCGGUCUGGAGGAAUGUCUCUUUCCUUUAACAAAUACAGAAGAUUCUGAAGCUCCAGAAAGUUACCUAUGUGAAAUGGAGAAAAUUCCUUUCAGUCCAGUCCAGUCUUGGCUAGAGACUGAGAGCAACCAAGGUCCUCCUGCCCCAUUCUCUCCAGAUGCCUCCAAUCCUCUGUUACCAGUCCAAGCAGAGUUUUUCCUUCCAACUGUGUCUGCCAAUCAGUCGGAUCAAGAGAAAUCCUCCUGCCCAGAGAAUCUCCCUAAAAUCUCUCUGCAGGCUUCUUGGGCAUCGCUGCAAUCUCCAGGUGUGAACUGCUCACUUAUCCAUCAGACCACGGAGAGUGACACUUCCUUGGAUGACAGCAGGAGCAACAGCUCAGCAGGCAGCUUGCAGACCAUGCUGGAGGACAGCUUAAACCUCAGUGACUCACCCCAGUGCACACUCAACCUCCCAGUAGCGCUGUGUCCAGUGCCAACAGCAGCCUCCCAAAGAGCCCUGGUGGCACCACUUUCCCCUGCCUCCCGCAGGCAGAGCUUAAGGGGCCGUGGGAUCUUCACGCUACGGAACAUCCGGCGGCACCAGCGGAGCCACAGCAGCGGAGGGAGCACGAGCCCAGGUUGCACUUACCAUGACUCCAUGGAUCCUUCGGACGAGGAGGGUGCAGGGAGCAGCCUAAGGGGUGGAGGCAACCACAGUGAGCAGUCAGAGACCCUCAGCAGCCUCUCUCUAACGUCUCUCUUCUCCCCACUCCCUCCUCCCCAAGGUCUGGCACUUGUGAAGAAGUGCAACAGCACCAGCAGUCUCCAUGCCAACCCUUCUUCACGGGGUUCUGCAGCAACUGAAGCCAAGCAGUUCUAUUCCGUUGACCCGAGGGGUUUUUUAUCAAUGCCCUCAUGGGUAACGGACUUCUGCAAAAACAGCCCUUCUCCAAAGGAGGGUGACACACCGCAGGGCUCGGACAGAAUCGGUACUGCAGGCCACAGCUCCUCAGUUCCUCCUGAGCUGGGGAGCGGAGUCAGCAAGAGGAACAGAUGAGAUUCCCUGAGCUUGGGAGGAAGAGUAACAUGUCGACAAGGAGCAUCUUUUGGCUACCAUUUCCUAGCAGCAGCAGUUCCAAAUGGGAGGACUGUGGGAAAACAAACAAGCAAACAAAGCAAAAUAUAAAUAUGUCUGUGUGUAUGUGUGUGCGUGCGUAUGUAUGUGUGCGCGAGUGUGGAAAACAAAGACUUUUGUACCAUACCUCAGAGACAUGAGAGCGCGAAAGCAAUAUGUGAACACCCUGCCCAUGCUUAGGACCACUGCCUCUGCAGAGACGAGCAGUGGGUCAAGGGCAUCACAAGACAACAAUGCUGGGAUAAGAGGGUGAAGAACCUCCAGCCAGAUAACUGCCUGGAGGCAGCCGUUUACUCUUCUACGUAUUCAAAUAUAUAUGUACAGAUAAAUAGAAUGAUUUAUUUAUUUUUUUUACGGAGAGCUUAGGACUUCCAGAAAGUGCUAAGCAUGAAAAGGGCAGGGAAUUGGGGGGAGGGGGAAUAAUUUCAGAACGAAAUGAGGAACCGAGCUGGGAUUUUAGGGUUUGGGUAUUUCUUUUGGAAAUUGUAUGGUUGAUGCUUCUGUUUGGAAACGAAAAACUAUUGUCCGUAUCUCCAGAAGGGACUAGCUAGCUAUGUGAAGAGGCUCCAUGGAGAUACCUGAGUGGGGUGCAGCAAGAUCCACAGCUAGGGCCCCGGGUGUCGUUGAGUUCCUGAGGUAGGGUAAGUCAGUAGAAUACCAUUCAAGUCUAGGUGGCCAUGGAGUGUCAAGAGCUAUUCAGAGUUGCUUUAAAAGAUAUGGGGGAAUGUGACAGAAGAAACUACAUGGCAGCUGCCAAAUGCUCUGAUUUUCAAUGAUUUUGCUUUGAAAGAAAGCUAUUGUAAAGGGUUUGGGGUUUUUAGGGUUUUUUCUCCCCCUUUACCGUUCAGAUCUUGUGAAGAAUCUAUUUUAGAAGCCCAAAGGUGCAAAAACCAUCUCUAGAGAAAGGUAUGUUAUUUUUUACAAAUAUAUUGGGGGGAGGGGGAAUAAAAUUGGAAAGAAUGAACAAGAGGAACAGAAUUAACCUGAAAUGUAAAGCAUAAUUAGCUCUUUGUGUCCAAGCUGGGGCUCAUAUUUGACUCCUGGAAAUUCAGUGUAAUCCUAGAGAACAGAGCAAGCCUUGUUCUACACUACUGCUUUUUGUAGCCUUGUGAUCUAAUUCAACAUGGGGGCUCCUGGAUUUCAUCAUAUAAGACUCCUCCAGCUGUUCUAAUUCAGAACAAUUCACACUUGUUGGCCCUAACAACAGAAGUUGAGUGUGUGUGCGUGUGCGUGUGUGUGCAUAGACGUAUGCAUAUAUGCAAUACAAUGGAUAAUUUAUUCACUAGUGAAUGUUUGAAAGGGUUGUUGCCACCUUUUCUGUGCUUUGCAGAUAGAGGGUGGAUUGAUCACCAGGGAGGUUCAGGGAAUUAAGUGGCUGGUUUGAUUAGAUUUAUUCAGUCAUAUAUAGGGAUCACUCAAAAUCAGGAAGGUUUGUUUAUCUCUCCCUAUUAUAUAUCACAUCCCCCGUGACUCAGUCCCCCUUUCAGGGUGCCUUUUUAUCCAGUCUUGCUUUUUCCAUCACUAGCUGAGCCCUCUACCAGGGAGACUGGUUUCUGGAAAAUAUAUCUUAUGUUUUUCAGCUUUAAGGCAGGAAUAGGGCAUUCAGAGAAAUAGGAUUGCCAAUUAACAACAAGAAAGCAGCCUAGUAUGCUCCUAUGUCUUUGACAGAAGCUUGAUCUGCAGAAAACAGCAAGUGAAGCUUUUCAGUGUGGAGAUGAACAUUUUCAUUUGCUAUUUCCUGCAGAUCAAACUGCAGUUAAAGGGGGCCAGUUCAAAAGUCAGUAACCUACUUAAAGGGCUUUGGAAAAAUUGCAGAGGGAACAAUUCCCCUUCCAAUAUGCUCCUUUUUUGCUGAUAGGCAUGUGCCACUGAGGAGCGGGGAGCGGCAUUUGUCCUCAGAACUGAAUUCUCCUUUCCACUGCCACACUGAGGGGCCACACCUGCCUCUGUAGGCCCUUUCUGCAUUUUGGGACCCCAGGUCAAGGCCUUGUCAAGAGCCAUGACUGUAGCCCAGCAAAUUUUGGAGGAAAAGAUUAUGCUGAUUUUAAAAAGCGGCUUUAUGUAUAUAAUGAGGCAGUAAAUUCCAAAUGUGUCAACAGACAGGAGAUGGAAUGAGGAUGAAUUCAUCUCUUGGAAAGAAAUGUGUGUUCUUACUUCUUGUGCAUAAGCUGAACCGAGCAGUGUAGUACUCUGGGAGACAAGAGAGCACCCGUUCCCUCUGCUUCAGAGAAGUCACCGGUCUGUGUUAAU